UGAGCCCUGGCCCCGCCCCCGCCCCGGCCCAGCCCGCGCCCGCUGCCCGGCCAGCCACCCCACCCAGUUCGCAAACGCUUCCAGUCGGCAGCAGUGGCCUCUGCAUCGGCUGCAGCUGCCACAGCCCGGGGAGCCUUUUCCAGGUGUCUGACUUAACGCGCCUCCAGACCCGGAUCUUUCGCCUUCUGGGUCCUCAGCUAAGACCGUCGCCAUGCCGGUGACGGUGACCCGCACCAUCACGACCACCACGACGACGUCCUCGGGCCUGGGCUCCCCGACCAUUGUGGGGUCCCCUCGGGCCUUCAUCCAGCCCCUUGGCCUCCUCCGCCUGCUGCAGCUGCUGUCCACCUGUGUGGCCUUCUCGCUGGUGGCCAGCGUGGGUGCUUGGCAGGGGCCCAUGGGCAACUGGUCCAUGUUCACCUGGUGCUUCUGCUUCUCUGUGACCCUCAUCAUCCUCAUAGUGGAGCUAUGUGGGCUCCAAGCCCGCUUCCCCCUGUCCUGGCGCAACUUCCCCAUCACCUUCGCCUGCUAUGCUGCCCUCUUCUGCCUCUCGUCCUCCAUCAUCUACCCCACCACCUACGUCCAGUUUCUGUCUCACGGCCGCUCCCGGGACCACGCCAUCGCCGCCACCGCCUUCUCCUGCAUCGCUUGCGUGGCUUAUGCCACCGAAGUGGCCUGGACCCGGGCCCGGCCCGGCGAGAUCACUGGCUACAUGGCCACCGUGCCAGGCCUGCUCAAGGUGCUGGAGACCUUUGUGGCCUGUGUCAUCUUCGCCUUCAUCAGCAGCCCCCACCUGUACCAGCACCAGCCAGCCCUGGAGUGGUGCGUGGCCGUGUACUCCAUCUGCUUCAUCCUGGCUGCAGUGGCCAUCCUGCUGAACCUGGGCGACUGCACCAACCUGCUGCCCAUCCCCUUCCCCAGCUUCCUGUCGGGGCUGGCCCUGCUCUCUGUCCUCCUCUACGCCACUGCGCUCGUCAUCUGGCCGCUCUACCAGUUCGAUGAGAAGUAUCACGGCCAGCCCCGGAGGUCGAGGGAUGUCACCUGCAGCCAUAAGCACAACUACUAUGUGUGCGACUGGGACCGCCGACUGGCCGUGGCCAUCCUCACGGCCAUCAACCUGCUGGCCUACGUGGCCGACCUGGUGUACUCGGCCCGUCUGGUUUUCGUCCGGGUCUGAGGCCCAGCCGGGGGUCUCCCGAUCCCCUCUUCUCUCCAGUUUCUCUACUGAGUUCGGACUUCCUCUUCCGGGUGCCUCCUCUCCAUCCUUCCAUCUCUGUCCCCAUUCUUGGGCUCUCAUUUCUGUUCCUCUCCUCUCCCCUCCCGUUGCUCUGGCUCCUCUUCCCAGUUUGUUUGGUUGCCCCCACCCUCUCUUCUGGUCCUCUCAUCUGUGUUCCG